GAAUGAACAAAGUGAUUAAAAGAUAUAAAUAGUCCAUGAAACGACUAUGAAAGUAUAUUUUCAUUAUUAUUUUACUAGAAUAUUUGGGAUAUCCUUUUUUUCCGUUUUUUUUUGGGGGUUUUCAGGGGUUUAUACACAAGAUUUAUCAUUGAUCAAAGAUUCACGUUGUUAUGAGUUUAAAAAGAAUUUUUUUUCACUAAAUAAUCAGUGUUUUCCUUUUGAAUAUGAAGAUGUUUUUGAGGAGUCUUUUUCUGCUUUAAAAAAAGAGGAAUUGGAGGUAGAAUUGGAGAAUUUUGAAUAUGGUUCAGAAUUGUUUUUUGAGGAAUGGAAGAAACAAACAUCAUCAGAAAUUAUACAAGGAAAUAAUGAAAAUCUAUUAGAAAAAGAACAUAAGGAUGAUAUGGUUCAUAAAAAUGAUAUGGUUAAUAAUGAAACAUUAUUGUAUGAUUUUGAAGAAAAAAAAGAUCAAAUUGAAAAAGAUAAUAAUGAUACAGAAGAAAAUAAAGAUCAUGUUUCUGAAAAGGAAGAUAUUCUAGAAAAGGUUAAAUUUUAUGAUUAUUUGAGUGAAUCUCUUAAAGAAAGAUUUAAUUAUGCAUCUAUUGAUUGUGCAGCGAAUGUUUUAAGAGCAAAUGUAGAAGCAAAGGGUAUAUCGUCAAUACUCUCGUCAGACAAUGAUUUUUAUAUGUUAAAUAAAUGUUCUGCUGUUAAUAAAUUUGUGAUUGUUGAGCUUUGUAAUGAUAUCCUUAUCGAUACUAUUGUAUUAGGGAAUUUGGAGUUUUUUUCUUCGACUUUUAAAGAUUUUCGUGUUUCUAUUUCUGAUCGAUAUCCCAUUAGAGAAACUCAGUGGAAAGAAUUGGGUAUAUUCACAGCUAUGAAUAUAAAAGAUGUUCAGACAUUUACGAUAUCUAAUCCUUUAAUAUGGUCAAAGUAUUUGCGUAUAGAUUUUUUAACACAUUAUGGUGAUGAAUUUUAUUGUCCAGUUACUCUUUUAAGGGUUCAUGGUACAACAAUGAUUGAUGAGCUUAAAUAUGAGGAAAGUGAGCUCAAAGAAAAUGUUAAAUUUAAUGAUAAAGCUAUUUUUAAGACUCAGGAUUUAAAACAAUCGUCUAAUGAUCUCUCAAAUUUCGAUGAACAUUCUACCCAAAAUCAAAAAAUUGAUUUUGAUACUGAAAAAACUCACAAAACUUCAUUUCUUCCUACUGAACAUUUUGUAAAUGCAUCAAUAGUUGCAGAUUUAUAUGAUAACAUUCUUCUCCAAGAUAUAAAUCAUUAUACAGAUUCCGAUUCUUCAUAUUUUUCUUCUAGAUCAAAAUCACCUUUUCUAAAUGGAAAUCAUUAUUGGAUACCAGCUUUUUUUAUAAAAAAUCCUGUUUGUUCAUGUUUGGAUAAUUUCUCUUCUAGCACAUUUUAUUCAAAUUUCACUGAAAAAAAUGCAAUAAAUAACCAGACAACACAAAAUACGACACAAUCUCCAUCUUCCAAUGUAGAAAACUUAGGAAUGCAAAAAAAUAUAUAUAAAACCAUUAGUAAAAGACUAUCUUUUUUGGAAAUGAACGCAUCUCUUUAUUUGCAAUAUAUUGAACAACAAUCAAAAAUUCUAAGAAAUAUAUUUAUUAAAAUGGAAAAGAAGCAGGAUAAUAAAAUAGAUUUUAUUACACAAACGCUAAAUUCUACUUUGUUUUCUCGAUUAAAUUCACUGAAGCAUCAAUAUGAAGAAUUAUGGCAAAAUAUUCUUUCAAAGAUUGAAUAUGAAAGGGAUAAGUCAAAAAAAGAUGUAGAUAUGGUUGCUUCUAAAUUAGAAUAUUUGUCUAAUGAGAUUUUAAUUCAAAGAUGGAUUAUUGUUUUUCAAUUUCUAAUUUUGUUUACGGUUUUUAUUUUUAUUUUCAGAUUUUCUUAAUAACAAAUCCUAUUUUUUGUAAAAAAAUGCAUUUUGAAAUUAGAAAAGGGAGUAUAAUUUAGAGUUUUUUUCUCAUUAUUAAUUAUUAAGAUUUUUAACAUUUUUAAA